AAAAUCUAGGCCGGCUGAGAAGGAAGCUGGCGCUGAAAUUUCCCAAAGUAAAUGGGUCGGGACGAAAAUCUGGGCCGGCUGAGAAGAGCCACAACGCAGGCUGGCGCUGAAAUUUCCGGACGACGGGCGGAUAAAAAUCUGGAUUGACUGUGUCGCGGACAGACAGUAAUUACGUUGGUAAGAAAUGUUUCUUCUUUUAUUAGUAGGUAUGGAUAUAGAUAUAGAUAGAUAGAUAUAGAUAUAUAGAUAUAGAUUGAAAUUUUCUCUCUCGAAAAAAAUCAUAUGUACUGCCAAAAGAAAAAAAAGAUGCAUACGAUUCGCAAUCGAUCAUGUGCACUAAAAAGAAAAGAAAAGAAACGAUGGAGAGCACAGAGCACAACCGGCAGCCGGUCACCGCCAAUCGCGCUCUUUCCACCUGCUCGCCGAACCACCGUCGUCGGCUACUACUAGUCAUACCGCACGCGCGCGGUAGCCCGAGCCCAGUCCACGUCUUCCUCCCUGUUCCGGUGGUUCGCACCGCAGCUACUCCGAAGACGCUCAACCUGCCGGGCCGAACCGAGCCGAGCGUCGGUCGGUUGGCUCCGCCGCACGCACACUCCCGGCCUAACUCCAACUAACCACGUGAAAAAUCUACCAACAGUCAACGCGCUUACUCGUCCGCUGCUUAACCUGACAGACAGCGUGGACCUGUGCUGUGCGUGCCAAACCGAAAGCGACUCGUCGUCAAGCCAUCCCUUAUAACGCAGCGGCCUUCCCUAAUUUUCAGCCGCCUACCUACCCGCGCGCCCAAGCCGCGAGCGAGACACCCAACCACCUCCGGCGGCCACGGUCGGCAAUGGAGCACUACGAGAGGCUCGACAAGAUCGGCGAGGGCGCCUCGGGCGUCGUCUACAAGGCGCGGGACCGCCGCACCGGCGCCACCGUCGCCGUCAAGCGCCUCCGCGGCGCUGGCUUCGGCGACCACGACGGCAGCCGGCUCUCCGAGGACCUCCUGCGCGAGGCGGCGUGCCUCGAGGCCUGCCGCGGCCACCCGUCCGUCGUCGAGCUGCGGGCCGCGCACCGGGAUGGGGAGGCCGCGUUCCUGGUGAUGGAGUACGUCGGGCCGAGCGUGGCGCAGGUCAUGCGGGAGCGCGGCCGGCCCUUCCCCGAGGCCGACGCGCGCCGGCUCAUGCGGCAGCUCCUGGACGGCGCCAGGGCCAUGCACGACCUCGGGGUGCUGCACCGCGACCUCAAGCCGGACAACGUCCUCGUCGACGCCCACGGCGACCUCAAGAUCUGCGACUUCGGGAUGUCGCGCUUCGCAGCCGCGACGGCGCCGCCCUACACGUCGCCCGUGGUCACGCUGUGGUACCGCGCGCCGGAGCUCCUCCUUGGGUCGACGGAGUACGACGACCGGGUGGACACGUGGGCGCUCGGGUGCAUCAUGGCCGAGCUGCUCGCCGGCGCGCCGCUGCUGCCGGGGAGGUCGGAGAUGGACCAGCUGAACAGAGCGUUCGACACGGUCGGGACCGACGACAUGACGGACUGGCCCGGCUUCUGCCGGCUCCCGCGCGCCGGCUCGCCGCUCUGCCAGCGCAGCAGGCCGCCCAGCCGGCUCCGGGAGAUGUUCCCGUCCCUCUCCGCCGCGGGCUUGGACGUCCUCAGCGGGCUGCUGGCAUGCAGGCCGGACAGGAGGCUCACCGCCGCGGACGCGCUGCGGCGGCCCUGGUUCACGGACGCCGAGUCGGCGGACGUCGACCAGCCUCGCAGCGCAUGCGGCGGCCGCUUCACGGCGCGCGUCGGCGGCGUCGCUGACGCGAUCGUUGUAUAGAAAGCUCUAGAUUCGCCAUGAUUCAAUAUUCUUUUAAUCAGCCGAAGAUUCGCUUGGCAGAGUGUACAAUUUUGGUGGCGGCUUUUGUGCUCCUGUCCUCUGCUCUGCGCUGUUGCACUGUCGUCUUCAGUUCCGUUAAGGCUGGUGGGAUAGUCGGUGAAGUGGCACGAGUUCCUUGAGGGUCCUGCUGAUUAGUUCAUCAUUUUUUUUUCUCCUCCUCUUGUUUAUCUUGUCCUUGCAAGCAAUCGCAACGAGCAUCUUGUGAUACUAUAAACAAAGCAAUACAAUAGUGGCAAAGCUCCCAUGGACGAAUCGCCAUUGAUUA